GGAACUGCACCGGGACUCUUUCCGAUUCCAUCCUUCUCGUAUUUACCAUCCCUGGCGUGCUUCACUGAUUUCGCGUGCAUAGACAGUAGCCUACAGAGAGAACAGAAGCGGGGAGCUCGAGACACAUCCUCUGCCGCGCGAUAAGAGCGCACGAGGGGCGCGAGGUCCCAGGAACAGACCUCAAGUAAAUGAAGACGGAUUGCUUGGUCCGAAAAAUGAAGGGAAUCUUUGAUUUUCGCUAAAUGCGCAAGGACAUUUUUGGCACACUGAGAUAUUGAGGCUGUCCCGAAUUGAGUUUUCACGGUCACGUGUAGGAUAUUAAUUAAAACAUUGUUAAAUUGUUGCCUCGGACGAUGCAUGGACUGACAGUGUCCACCGGACCAUAGCGAGCACCAGAGUGCAUGGAACUGAAAUGUGCUGUUCGACUCCCGUUGGAAAUUUCCGUGGCGGCUGACAGUGACGGCACGUCUGAAAGAGUGUGGCCAGUUUUUAUAUGUGUUAGUCGUUGUGUCUGUCUUGGGCCUGUCCGUGUAAAAGAGGGUUAGGUCCGUCCUUGUGAAUUGUGCGUUAAAGAAGCGGUUCUGGCACUGUCCCGCGACGAGGACACGCAGCGGUGAGCAGCAAGCUUUCCACGGACGUUUGACGUGCGUGUUGAUGUGUGUGAACGAUGUAGCACACAUGCAAGGGGUUGGGAAUACUGUGCGACGUUAGUUUACUUCGUAACUAGAGGGGCUAUUCACCAACUGAGUUUAAUCCUCGCAGUGAACUAAAACUUGUUCCGGAAGACCACAUUUAACCCUGAAUGGCUGUGUGGUUGUGUGUAUGAAUGUGUGUGUGUGUGUGUGUGUGUGUGUUUGUGUAUGAUAUCUGAUCUGCCCAGUCACGCUGUGCCUGAGUGUGUGUGUUGCGUGUUUUUGACCCCAUGGUUUAACACUGUCUGUGCCAGUUAAUGUUAACUGAUGCCAGGACACAAGGACCUGGUUCUGCACAAGUUUGCUAUGGGACCUCUUGCAAUAUUAAGCUACUAAUCAUCUGCUAUCACUAACCACUCGGAACUGAAGACUUGUUUGUGGAAAGGCUGUGACCUGUAGCUCACCAUUUGUUGGGACAGACCUUGCCUUUUUCCUCAGUUGAUAUCAGAAGAGUGUUUUAUGUUGCUGUGGUUCUCUGUCUGCAACAAGCCUAUCGCCGUGGUUGCUGUUUAUGUGCAUCCGAGACCACCGCUGCACCUGGAAAGUUGUCCCAUUGGUUUCACGGUGAAUGUUACCUGGGCAUAACUGGCAAAAUGCAAGUGUCAAUUGCAUGCACAGAGCACAACCUGAAGAGCCGCAAUAGUGAGGACCGCCUCUGUGUGCGAUCGCCCAAUCAGAAUACUGGUGUGGGGCAAGGGGGCAAACACCGUCUGGUCAGCUCGCGGCCUUACACGGCAGGCCAUGCCCACAUGAAAGAAGCAAUUGGUCGCCAUAGCAGCAUGAAGUACAGGAACCUGGGGAAGUCCGGGUUGAGAGUAUCCUGUCUGGGCUUAGGUACCUGGGUGACCUUUGGCUCUCAGAUAUCUGAUGAGAUGGCUGAGAACCUUGUAACUACUGCUUAUGAACAUGGUGUGAACCUGUUUGACACUGCAGAGGUAUAUGCAUCUGGAAGAGCUGAAAUCACACUCGGAAAUAUCAUUAAGAAGAAAGGAUGGAGGCGUUCCAGUUUUGUAGUGACAACAAAAAUCUACUGGGGAGGGCAAGCAGAGACCGAGAGGGGUCUGUCCAGGAAGCACAUCAUUGAAGGUCUGCGCGGCUCUCUUUCCCGACUACAGAUUGAUUAUGUGGAUAUCGUCUUUGCCAAUCGUACUGAUGUCAACACCCCAAUGGAGGAGGUGGUAAGGGCAAUGACAUUUGUGAUAAAUCAGGGAAAGGCCAUGUACUGGGGAACAUCAAGAUGGAGCGCCAUGGAAAUAAUGAGGUCACUCUGGUGGUCCCACCAGAUGGAGCAGGCCGUGCCGGUGUCCUCUGUAAGGUCUCUGGUGCAGUGGGCCCCGGUGAAGCCCCAGCACAGGUCGUGGACUGUCCAUUGGCCGUGUCGGGCUGACCUCUGGCUGUAG